AUGAUCCUCGACCGAGAAAGUGCUGGGCUUGACACUUGGCGGGGGGCAGAGCAUAUCCUGAACUUCUUCCCACGAAAGUGUCAGCUCCAAAGAAUCGUGACCGUCAAUGAGCAGCCGUUUACUCUUUGGACCAAUAUUUCUUCUUUUUCGUUCGGGAAGAAGCAGCGAUUGGGAAGUAGCGUUCGAUGCUUUUCGAAAUCCCAUCAGAAGUUUUCCACCCGGAUCCAUACGGCUGAAAAAUUAUAUGUAAUAUUCAAGGAAAAAGAAUUGUUGAUAGAGUACCAGUAUCUCCAGCUUGUAGUUGCAUCGACUGGAUGCAAGGAGUCACGCCUUCCAAAACGUACAUUCGGCUGUUAUUGUUCGGCCAAAACCGGAACUGAAAAAGCCAUUCUUUUCCCUUCACAUCUUGAAUCCUUAGGGGAAGGCCUUCGGGAUGAGAGAUCGGAGGAAAAUACGCCUGCACGGGUGAAUUUAUCCGUAAACCUCAAAUUCACGCCCUAA